AUGUAUGUUGCAUUCAUUGAAAAUUGCUUCAUUGUUGUUUUAAUGCAAGGAGGGGAUGUAUUCCCUUACCAAAUUGUGAAUAAAACAUCAAUUAAAUCUGCAAAUCUUGCACAAUUACAACAAUGUAUUAAAGAUGUAAUUGAAAAUUCCGAUGAUUUGCAGAGUCAACAAUCAAUUUCAUCAAUAAGUGCAUUUCAGAACUGUGUUUCAGCUCAAUAUAAAGUUGCUGCUAAUACAAACUCUGAAGGCUACUACUUAAAUUCACUAUUCUCCUUACUUUCAUAUGAUAGCUUGCAAAAAAACAACAAAAACUACUUACUUCUUAUGAAUUCAUUAAUAACAACAGAUUUAGGCGAAAAGAAAAAUAAAGCGAUGAACAUUUCGAAAGAUAUCAUAGCAAUUCAGCCAGAUUUAAAUCCAGUUGUCUGGACUUUACUAGAAAAAAUCCUUGUUUGGCUGACAAAUCCCUUAGGUACAUCGAUGCAUUUAACAUUACAUCCUUUACGUGAUACAAUAUGGAAAUGGUAUUUUUCUGGAGAUCCAAAUUCAGUAGUUUCAUCAUUAUCCUUGCUGAAUAUUUUCUUCAGAAGGUUUUAUGUCCUUCUCAUACCUGCAUUUAACAGCUUUCAGAACCUUUUAAUCCACUCAAUUCAAGAUCAAGAUGUCAAUAUUCGAAAUCAAGCGAUUACAGUUCUUAAAUCUGCUCUCGGAAUACUUGGUCAGUCAUCAGAUGGUCCAAUUCGCCGUCUUUUUGAUCGUUUUCGCGAAUUAAUCGAAUAUGAUUACAAUCCUCUCGUUGUUGAAUCAAUUAUUUCGGUAUUUGAUCAUACAGUUGAUUGUUGCUCGAUUAUGCAGUUCUCACAGACAAUGAUUGAGAAGCUAAACCCUAACGAACCUUCAUCAUUAUUAUUAAUUCCAUUUAUUUACAAAUGCAGGCCAUCUAUUUUCACAACAUCUGAUGUACAGCAUAUAUUGGAGAUGUUUAAUGACUUUUUGGCUCAGCAACCCACCAAAAAAGUUCUAAUUUACAAAGCAGUUGGAAAUUUCGGUUUCCAACUCUCUAAAUUCAUCAUAGAAAGCCAUCAAAUCAUUGUUAAUACACUCAUAGAAUCCAUCCAAAUAGACAGUAGAGAAGCAGCUUACGCAUUUCUCUCUUUUGUCGAUCCACAAUCAGAUUAUUUCUACGACAAGAUGUCAGAUCUCUUCCAAUUGCCCAUCAAUACAUUCCUUGCCCGAGGAAUGCGCGCCUUCAUAAGGAGAUGGCCGGACUCAGCCCACCAAUUCCGCUCUUACGUCAUGCGAGAGUUAAAUAAUGUUGUUUUAACAAAAAGUGACAGUGACAAACUUUCCAGAGCAUUUUCUAUCAUGAGCAUAUUCACAUUUCGUGAUGAUGAGAUGAGCAAUCAGAUGAUUGACCAAUACGCACUUGCUCUUCGCCAUCCAAGUCCUCAAGUUCGUGAGAAAUGCGCCAAUUUUUUGAUUAGACAACAAAGUUGUUUUCCUUCCGCUGUUUAUAGAUUAGUUGCUUUCGUAUCAAUCGAAAUGAUACCAGAACUCCGUGCAGAAGCCAUCAACAAAAUAGUUGUCCAGUCAACACAAACAGAUAUGAUAACUCCUCUUCAUUCUUUGUUAUCUGACAGACAAACUGAAAUUGUUUACAAAGCAUUGACACUUUUAUGUGAAAUUUCAGAGGCUUCUCAUUUCAUGAUGGAGUUUACAUGUGAUAUCAUCAAUAGGUUGAAUAGAUCAACAACUCUUGAAACUCAUUACGUGACUUGUUUGUUGAUUUUGGCAAGAAAUCACUUCAUUUAUGUCCGACCAUUUACAAACAUAAUCAUAGAAUAUUUGUUAAAAUGCGAGAGACAAACAGCGUCAUCGAUUGAACUGAUUUCGAUAUUAGUCAAUGAUUUGGACUUCGAAAACAUCAUUCCAAAACUGGAACCGAUUCUUUUGAAGUCAUUAAACAGGAAUUCAUCGAAUAGAAAAGUUUCUUCCGCUUUGAAACUUUUCACUGUUCUUUUGAGUUCACAGAGUUUCCGUAUACAACUAAGAUCAACUCGCGAAAUCUUAGUCAAUAACUUAAUUGACUUGUUUUCAAGUACGGAUUCUGAGAAAAUAAGAACACAAAUUUUAGAAGUUUUUAGUAGAAUUGGAGUAAUCACUCCUUUGGCUGUUAGAUCAUUAUUCACAAGACCAAUCAAGAGAUUGUCAAAUAAUACAAUUGCUCCUUUGGAUGGAUUGAGUAAUUUACCUGUUUACGCAGCUUCUUUCGCUGUUUCUUCUGUUACUGAUAUUUUGGCAAGUGAAGAUUUCUCUUGUUUACAAGGUUUGGCUCUUGAAACAUUAUUAAUUAUACUUAAGAAGUUUAGAACAAUACCUAUAGUUAUACAUGAUGAAAUUCUUGAAACGAUUUGUUUCGUAAUCCGUUCAAAAUUGACAUCGACCACGUCAAUAAUUUUGAACAACGUUCCAACUUUGAUAAGAAUUUUUGACAAAAAAAGUGAAAUUUUUAUACCAGAUAUCAUCAACAUGAUCUUCGAUAACUGGGGUAAAAUAGACACAGCAAUAUUACUAACAGGUAUUGAAUGGAUGGCUUAUAAAUUACCUGACGCAGUGUCACCUUUUGCAACAAAAAUUUUGUCACUUUUUGUUCCAGAAUUAUCAACUGCCAAAAAUGGAAAAGAAAGUGAGAAUAUCUUUGUCGCUAUAGCAUGUUUCGGAAAGCUUGCAGCUAAGGUAGAUACCAUGAUUAUGUCCAAUGUUAUUCCAUGGAUAGAAGGACAUAUUCACGAAACAGAAACUGAAGCUUAUGUUUUAGAAAAAUUUGCAGACAUUUUAAAGGGUUUGCCAAUCGAAAAAUUCUAUGUGAGAAUAUAUCAAAUGAUGAUUAUGAUCACUAAAGAAAAUGCAGAACUCAUCCCACAAGUCAUUGAAAUCUUGAGUGUCUUAGUUGUCCACAUGAAAUACGAUUUCGAAAUUUUCAUCCCUGAAAUUUUACAAUUUUAUGAUCUCAAAAAUUAUGACACUUUUUGGAAAAUUAUCGAAUGUGUUUCCACUCAUGUAGACAUACCAGACAAUUUAAGUCUUAAAUACAAGACACCACAAUUAUCACAUAUGUUCCAGGACUUUCCAGAACAACCAUUUUCAAGUUUCCAAUAUUUAAUUCCUGAUUUCGAAGUUCCUAUGAAUACUUGGGACGCUUUGCAGUGGAACAAAUGGUUCAACAACUUCAUGAAUAUGAUUAUCUUGAAGUCCCCUUCAAAAGCAAUCUCCGCGUGCUACACAAUCUGUGAAAGAGACCAUAAAGUGAGGUCAGCACUUUUCCCUGUUUCUUUUUCACUUUGUAUUUCAGAAUCACAAGAUCCAAGUCCUUUGCACAAUGUUUUGAAGGUCGCACUUACUAGUGACAACAUUCCGAACUACAUAAUCUCAUUGUUCCUCUCCAGUGUCGAAAUCCUGAUGCUGCACAACAUAGACAUCAGAGUCAGUGAAACAAUUAUUGGAGAAAAAGCAAUGAUAACUGGAAAUCUUUCUUUGGCGUUGAGAUGUUUCGAAAAUAACUAUAAAUUAAACCCGGAUAAUAAUAAAGGAAACCAAAGAUCAAACUCUCAAAGUAUCAAGGAUAAAUCGAAAUUCGAUCUUUUCAGUUUAGAAAAGAAACAGAAAAAAGAAAAUUCUGACAUUUUCUUGUCAAAAAUUGACAAUUCUCAAAAAGGUGACAAUUUUGAGCCAAAAUCUGAUAAAAGUGAAAAAUCUGAUAUUUUCUUAUCCAAGACACAGAACUCCUCUAGUGAAUUAUUUGAUUUGGGAUCGAUGAAACGGUCAAAUUCAGAAACAUUCGAUUCUUUAUCAGAAAAAUCACAAAAUCAAGAUCUUUUCGCAUCGAGCACUGAUUUAUUCAAUAUAGAAAGGAAGAACAGAAGCAAUGGAUCAGGAAUCUUCGAUAUCUAUUCAAAGAAAAGAUCGAAUUCCGAGAAUUAUCCUAAAAAUAAAACGAAUAAUUCCGAUAUUUCGAGAUUAAUCAAAAUUAAUUUGAUGUUAGGAAAGAGUUAUUUGGCUCGGAAAUUGGCGAAAUGCGAAACAGCUGAAGAAGCAGAACUCGUUUGUAAUUGGGAAAAAGCUUAUGAACUUUACAGUCUCGAGAACAACAGAGAAAAACAAAUUUUGUGUUUAGAAAAAUUGAAUAAAUUUGAAACACUUGAAUCUCUCAACAUAAAAGGAGAAAAAGCAGCAGAUAUAAGUUUGUUUAACUGUUCCAGUGAGUUCAGGGAACUUGCCCAGAAUGAUUUCCAUAAGUGUGUAUUGGCAAUUCUCGAUGGAGAAUGUCAACAAGCGCAAAAUUUAAUCCAGAAAAUAAGAGAAAAUGUUUUUCCUCAUAUUUUGUCGAAUACUGAUUUCGAUUACAGUUCUAUAACAAAUGAAUUGAGUUCUGCAUCGAUGCUUGUUGAUCUUGAAGACGCGGCAAGAAUACUGGAGUUGAGAACAUCAAUGAUAAACUCAACACCAAAUGAGAAACUCAAAAUCCAAGAUAAAAUUCAGAGAUUAUUUGAAAUGUGGGAUGAAAAAUUUGACAGUUUGGAUCCUGCGUCACUAUUUUUGACGAUUAUUAUAAGAAGAAGUGUUUCUCCAAGCGAAAAAACAGCGGAUGGAUUUGUCAAAUUCCUCAGGAAGUACCACGAUGACAAGAGUGCUGGAGAAUUGGUCGACAUGGCCUUUAGAAGACUCAAAGUUUUAGAUCUCAACAGAUUCAACUUGGUUGAUAGCCUUUUGAACAAAUCUGUUGAUGAAUUCGAACAAGUUGUCAUCAAUAACAAGUACGCAACUGGUGAUGACAACGUUUGGAGACAUGAUUUAGGAAAAAGAUUCUUCAUGGAACAUAACUAUGAGAAAUCCAUCAAGUAUCUACCAAGAAACACCUUGGAUUGGGCCAAAGCAACCUUCAAAAUCUAUGAAACCAAAAAAGAUCCAAAUUUGAUAAUUGAAAUUAUCCCAACUUUCAUCAAAUUCGAUGGAUUGCACUUUAUCAUGGCUGUUCUAUCCAGAAACAUCCCAGAAAUAGAGAAUAUUGUGCAAUCAAGAAUAGAAAUGAUACCUGCAUCACAAUUAUCUGACUUUUUGCCUCAAAUCAUCUCGAAUUGUGAUAAAGGAGUGUUCAAAUCACUUCUUUAUAAGUACUUCAAGGCUUAUCCAUCUAAAACAGUCUUUAGUUUGGUCUACAAAAUCCUUAAAAAUGAAAAACGUGACAUUUACGAUGAAUUUUUAAGUUUAGACCAAAGUAUUGUUAAUAUUUUAGAUUUCUGCCAAGAAAUGAUCAAGAUCAGUACUAGUUAUCAUGAGAAGAUUGCUAUUUUAUCACAGAAAUUCCUUGAAAGCAAAGAUCCAAGUGAAUUAAUUUCCCUUUACAAUGAAGAAAAGAAUACAGGAGUUGUCAAACAAAUGUACACUUUAAAUCCUGAGUUAAAUGAUUGCAAGAAAUGUAUGGCAGAGUAUUCUUCAACAUUGCAAAAGAAAGAACUUGAAAAUUGUUUGAGUAUCCAUAAAUCUUUUCUUGGAAAACUUGUUUUGCCGAAAGAAUAUUCUCUAUCAGAUAUUUCUGAUGUUGAAGAAAAGAAAUAUUUCCAGAAAAUUAUUCUUCCUUUCAGCGAAACACAGAUUGGAAGAUUUGCUUCGAUUAUCGCUCAAGAAAACUAUUCUAAAACAGUUAAAGCGAUUUUGGAUUCAGGAAAGACUUCUUCUUUCACGAUUCGCAAUAGAAGUAAUGCUUUUAUUGACGAAAGAUCUUUUAUUUUGAUGAGAAUGAUUUCAAAAAUCAUCAAAAGUUACCAGAAACCAAAUUUAGUUCCUCCUUUAGUUCAAACGAUUCCUUUGACGGAAAACAUUUCUUUGGAGAAAAGCUCACCAUGUUUCUCUCUCGAGGAAGCAAUAAAACAAAGAAGAAGACGUCAAAGUGUUUGUGUUGAUGAACGCACAUGGAUAUUAAAUGAUUACGAUGAUUUGUCUGCAGAAGAUAAAAUGAAAGCUUACAAACAAUCACUGAGUUCAACGAGAGGUGAUGAUUUGGAAGCAGUUAUUGUAAGAGGAAGUGUCUCUUAUCAAGGAUGGAUGGAGAGAAGAUCGAUGUACAUUGGAAGUUUGUCUGUUAAAGCUGUUACUGGAUAUAUUUUCGGUGUUGGCGACAGAAAGUUGACGAAUAUAAUGAUGGAAUUAAAUACUUCCAAAGUUUACAACACGAAAUAUUAUCCAUGUUUUGUCAAGAAACAAAUUGUUCCGUUUAGAUUGACAAGGAUAAUGGCUAAUGCAUUGGAUGUUGCAGGUGUUAAUGGUGUUUUGGAAAGAGAAAUGAAUGAUGCAAUGGAUAUCGUGAGAGAAUCAAAGGACUUCAUUGUUUGUACACUUGAACCAAGUAUAAGAGAUGAAAAAUUAAACUGGACAUCGAAUCCAGAAAAUGCAUUGGAUUUCGUGGCUAAAAGACUGUCCGACGAAAAUGAUUCACAAGAACUGGUAUUGAAGCUUAUUGAUAGUGCAACAUCAGAUACUAAUAUUUCGAGAAUGCCUGCGGAUUGGAAUUCAUGGUGGUAA